AUUGGCGGUUCGAAUGUCCGCUUGUGGGGAGGAAGGGAGAAGGCAAGGAGUACUUUGAGACGUCGAAGACGUUGCGCUAGUUGCGGCAAGGUUUACACAAGCACGCACUGCCGCAUUCGUUCGCCGAAUCGUCAAAGGAUAUGGGAUGUCAAGCCGCAGGUUCGGAAGCUGUUUUCUUUGUUUUUGCCCCACCGUCCACGUUGAAUUCGCAGUGCGCCUAGGCGCAGGGUGUGCGCAGAACCUGCAAUCCGACCCGGGACGCGUUGUGACAGCUUUUGACGAGUCCACGGGAAGGUGUUCAAUAUCUACUCAAUAUUUCCUCGGCCAAGCGUGCUGUUUCUAUCGAGGUUCAGAAUUCGCCCUUCGUCCUUGAUACGUAUAAACGCUUUCCACCGCUCUUUAUG